AUGACUGUAAUCAGCCAGCGCAAUCACUCUCCCCAGCGCAAACAUCCUUCCCAGUGCAAGCACCCUCCCAUACGUUCUUCACCAGACAGGAAUGGUUCUGAGAAGGAUGCAGUUGAUGAGCCCAUGUCAUCUUUUUCACUUGAGAGUAAUGUUCCUGUGGAGGCUGCAGUUAAUGAGCCCAUGUUACCUUCUGCUCUUGAGGAAGAUGUUCGUUCAGAGCCUGUAGCUGAAGAGCCCAGACCGCCUCCUAUACCUACACCUGCCUAUCAACGUAGAGGACCUUCCGAUCAACAAAGAUUUAGAUCCAGUUCAAAUUAUUUUGAUUUAUUGAAGAAAUCGCGAGAGCGGUCCAAUGAUUUGUCUAGAUUCUCACUCCCCCCAAAUUUUGAAAGACCUUUGACUGUAAACAAGCAAUAUAACAACCGAUCUACUCAAUUGUCCUAUUUCCGGGAUAUGUUUCCAGAAGUAUUGGUAAAUUUCUUUGGGAGAAACACAAAUAUCUAUGCAGCUUAUAAAUGCUCAAGACAUUGGAAAGAUACAACAUAUGAAGAAAUGAACGAAUAUUUUGGGCUUAUUGUGUUGAUAUCAAUAAACCCUGUAUAA